UCGAACAAUAUUUUAGACGGAUACGCACAUUUUUGGUAUACUGGGGUUUAGGCAGGAGAGCACGAAGCAUGAAGAAGGUGAUGAUGAUAUUUAUCAAACAUAGUUAAACUGUUAUCAAUUUAUCUUGAAUUCAACAACACUAACACCGAAUAUGGCUUUCGAAAUCACUGCUUCUUCUUUAUUACAUUAUGGCGCCAAUUCAUUCUCUUCUUCCUAUGUCAUUCCAAUUUCACCCAGACCCUUUUUCCACAAUGCUUCAAGGAACAAGUUUCACCUCUCUCAUACUCCUAACCACAAUUUCACCCCAUUUAUUAAGGUUUCCAUCAACAACAAUGCUUCUAAUUCUAACGACCUUCUUCCCAACGAAUUGGAAUUUAAACCAUCCUUUGAUCAUUAUUUGAAGGCUAUGGAAUCUUCCAAAUCUGUUACUGGUAACAACAUGACAGUGAAAAAGGUAGAUGAAGGAAAUCAUCGUAAUGUUAGAAAUUCUAAAAGGCUUGUUGGAGCAAAAAUAUUUAGGAAAAAGGAUGUGGCUUUUGAUGAUGAAGCAAUUAUGUCUAAUAAAGAAGGAUUCUGUAGUGGUAAUGGUAAUGUUAGAGGGAAAGUGAAAAAAGUUAUUAAGAAGGUAGAAUAUGGCGGUAUAGAGAGGAACCUUGAUGAUGGUAAGGGAAAUGUAAGGCAAGAUAGGUUGAAUCGUCGGAGUCGGAGUUUAGACUCAAAAUCUGAUGAUUGCAGUGUGAUUAAUAAGAGUCGAGGGAAAAUUGGAUAUGGUGGAGGGGUAAGCAAUGAGAUAGUUCGGUCUAAUUCGAAUGGUAGGCGUGGUGGGAGUGUUGUAGAGAGGGAAAUUGUUAGUAGCAGAGGAAGAACCUCUGGUGGUAGUGGUGGUAAUUUUGUUGGUAGGAAAAAUGUGGUUAUGGAUAGAGGGCCUGCUAAAAUAUAUGCUGAAAUUGAGGGUUUGGUGAAUGGAAAUGGACGAUCGAAUGUGAAAUCGAAUGGAAGGAGUAAGCGUUUCGUUAAUAGGGGUUAUGAUGCAGACAACUUGGAGGUGGCAAGAGUGGCAUUCAAGAAUCUUGAGGAUCCAAACAAUGUUAUCAGUAAAGCACACUUUUCACAUAAAGAAAUGGAGGAGAGAAUCCAGAAGCUAGCCAAAUUGCUGAAUGGUGUGGAUAUCAACUUACCUGAAUGGAUGUUUUCUAAGAUGAUCAGAAGUGCAAAGCUCAAAUUUAAUGACUAUUCUAUAAGAAGGCUUAUCACAAUCUUAGGAAAUCUCGGAAACUGGCAGAGAGUGAUACAGGUCAUCGAAUGGCUUCAAAAGCGUGAGCGUUUCCAGUCCCAUAAGCCAAGGCAUGUAUACUCUGCUGCUCUUGAUGCACUUGGGAAGUUGAAGAGACCUGUGGAGGCACUAAAUGUAUUUCAUGCAAUGCAGCAAGAAAUGUCCACAUAUCCUGACUUAGUAGCUUAUCAUAGUAUUGCUGUUACUCUAGGACAAGCAGGGCACAUGAAGCAACUCUUUGAUGUGAUUGAUAUUAUGCGAUCUCCACCAAAGAAGAAGUUCAAUAAAGGAAUAUUUGAGAACUGGGACCCAAGGCUGGAACCCGAUAUCAUAGUCUAUAAUGCAGUUCUUAAUGCAUGUGCUAAGUGGAAACAGUGGGAAGGAGCAUUUUGGGUUUUACAGCAGUUAAAGAAGCAGGGCAUACAACCUUCUGCUGCAACAUAUGGCCUAGUUAUGGAGGUGAUGUUUUCAUGUGGCAAGUACAACUUGGUUCAUGAAUUUUUCAGAAAACUUCAGAAAUCAUCUAUUCCCAAUCCAUUGACAUAUAGAGUUCUUGUGAAUACAUUUUGGAAAGAGGGAAAAAUGGACGAGGCUGCAUCGGCUGUUCGUGAAAUGGAAAGACGUGGAAUUGUUGGUUCUGCUUCUCUUUAUUAUGAUCUAGCUCGAUGCCUAUGUGCAGCUGGUAGAAGUCGCGAGGCACUGAUGCAGAUAGACAAGAUAUGUAAGGUUGCAAAUAAACCACUGGUAGUGACCUACACUGGCUUGAUGCAAGCAUGUCUAGACUCUGGAAAAAUUCAAGACGGAGCUUACAUUUUUGAGAAAAUGAAGGACGUUUGUGCUCCAAAUCUGGUUACUUACAACAUAAUGCUGAAAGCUUACAUUGAACAUGGGAUGUUUCAAGAAGCUAAAGAGUUAUUUGAGCAAAUGUUAGAAAACACAAAUCAUCUGAGUAGAAAAGAUGAUUACAAAAUGCGAGUGAUACCAGAUAUAUACACAUUCAAUACCAUAUUAGAUGCAUGUGCUGCUGAGAAAAGAUGGGAUUAUUUUGACUAUGUUUACCAGAGGAUGCUGUACCAGGGUUAUCACUUCAAUCCAAAACGACAUCUUCGAUUGGUACUGGAGGCUUCAAGAGCUGGAAAGGAAGAACUAUUAGAGAUAACAUGGAAGCACUUGGCCGUCACAGAUCGAAUUCCACCAGUUUCUGUAAUCAAGGAGAGAUUCUGUACAAAGCUUGAGAAUGAUGACUAUGUUGCUGCUCUCAAAUGCAUCACCAGUCACACACCAAAAGACUUCGAACCAUUUUCGAAGUCGUCGUGGUUGAAUCUAUUCAAAGAAAAUUCUCAUCGGUUUCGGAAGGAUACAGUUGUUAGACUAAUGAAUGCAGCUAGCAAUUUAAUUUCCAAUAAUAGUGUGCCAAAUCCAGCACUUGUGUGUUUAGUUCAAUCAUGCAAUGAAUUUUGUUUUGCCACUGAUCUCAGUGCAGCUGACAUGGAUUCAGUGAACAAUGUAUUUGUUUUAGAAAGCAAAUAGGAAGUAAUCAACACUAGGUGAAAUCUGUAUCCAAAAUUUUGUAAUGUAAACUUAACCACAAAUGUAUUGAAAGGGUUCUAUUAAAUGCAUGUCAUUCAAGUUUACUAGUGAAA